AGCGACGCCGCGAACGUUGGACGUGUUUUUACUUGACAUACGUGAAAGAACGUUACGUGUAGCAUUCCACCUGUGUUGUGAAACACGCCUAUGCUCCGCUGUGGAGUGCUACAGGGAUAGGGUGGCUGCGGGAGGACGUCCAUGCCCUCUGGAGGGGUCCACGGCGUCCCCACGCGCUGCCUCUCCACCCUCCUUGUCCAGAACCUCGCCCUCACGGUGCUCGUCCUCGGCUACGUCCUCCUCGGAGGUGUGGUCUUCCAGAGGUUGGAGUCAGGUCACGAGUUUAGACAGAGAGCCGCCGUCCGUCAUUUCAGGGACGAGUGUCUUAGAGAACUCUGGCUCAUAACAGAGCGUCUAAAUGUCUUGUACGAGCAGAACUGGACUCACCUUGUCGACGCGCAGCUGCGGAAAUUCGAGCGAAGUGUCGUCGAAGCAACAAAAAAUAGCGGAAUGGAGCUGAGAGAAAGAGAGCUCCACUGGACUUUCAGUGGGGCAGUGCUCUACAGUGUAACUAUAAUUACGACCAUAGGUUACGGCAACAUAGCCCCACGGACAGCCGAGGGGAAGGUCGUGACUAUGGUGUAUGCCUUAGUUGGAGUGCCUCUGAUGCUUGUGUGUCUGUCAAACCUGGGAACGACGUUAGCCCACACCUUCCAGAUUGGCUACUCACGUCUGUGCUGUUCCGCCCCUGUACAAAGGAACAGCAAGGCAAGUAGUCGGCCAGCUCGCCACCACAAGGCCGAGGCUAGAGGGACCCUAGUGGCUGUGGCGACAGACAACGGCAAGCCUGUUUGCUCCCUCACACCAGAGGCAAGACAGCUGCUGAGGAAACACCAGCCUCACGAGAGGGAGUCGGACGAUGACGACCCGGAACACGCUAAAAGGCCGUCUCAGCAUGACACACCCUCAAGAGUGCCUCUUAUUUGGCGGGCCCCUGGAGAGUCUCGACGAGCCCCAACCCCGCCUCCACGCAAGACUCCUCCCCUGAGGAAGACAACUCCUCAGAGAGUUCCUCCAGUAGUGGUCCUACUGCUACUCGGGCUCUACUUCGGCCUGGGAGCGUUUGCCUUCGCUUCCUGGGAGUCGUGGAGUUUCCUGGACGGAGCUUAUUUCUGCUUUGUCGCACUGAGUACCAUCGGGUUCGGUGACAUGGCCCCAGUGAGGCUUCAAGACGGAGCGUGGCAGACUGGGGCUUGUUGUACCUACCUGGUCCUGGGACUGGUCAUCAUCGCCAUGUCCUUCUCACUACUACAGAAUGAGGUGGUCACGAGGGGAAGGCACUUCGCCAGUGCCGUAGGUCUCGUCAAACGUGAAGACCUCAGUGUAUGACGUCACGCCAAGGCUAACUCUGUCUAAUCUGGUUGGCCAUUCUUGUCAAGUCGCUUGCACAGCUGGAUCAUUGGGGUUUGGAAACAUCGUCUUCUCCACAUCUUUACUACUUCGUGGGCGUACAAGAGUAGUACAAGCUAGACCAGGUCUGAUCCGUCGGAAUCUCACUAAUUCCAUCUCUGAUCACAGAAACGUAUUGAAGAAAUAUCUAACAUUUUCCCAAGUUCCUUUAAGAAUUUAAAGAAGAAGGAAAUUAUUGCCAGCGGCGUGAAAGUUUUUUUUAAUUGGUCGAUUUUGAACCUAGAAGGAAAACUCAACCAAACAUGGAUUCAAUUAGCAUUUUUAUACACCCCCCCUUCAAACACUGAUGGGUGACUUAGUAUCGUAUGGUUACGUGAAGUAACCAUGCUAAUUUUAGAAGCAUCAAAGCUUAAUCACAGGUAUGUCACAGCCUGUAAUCCUAUAAGAGAACAAUAUUUAAAAACAUCACUAUAGUUUUGUUACGUUGUGGAAAACAUUAUCCCAUGAUAUUGUACAGUAACGAUGGUAUUUUCUUAUGGAUUUCCAGUUUUGUAAUGUAUAUUGUGUAUAUUGGUUUAUUGAAUAAAUAAUUGUU